CUGUGAAUCUCAACAUAGAUGUCUGCAUCUCUAAUUUGGUCCGUAGACUCGACGAGUGAUCAACGGGAUUUCGCCAGAAUCCUGUAAAUUCACCGCUGUUUCCUCUCUCCUCAACCGAUCUUGUCUUCCCUUCUUCGUAUCUUUUACUGGCCGACACCUGUUAUUUCUACUCGUUCUCUGCCUCUCUCUCUCUCUCUCUCUCUCUGCUCAUCAAAGAGCUGGUCUCAACCUCUGGCGGUGCUUGGCCUGAACCCAUCAAUCCAGUUCCCACGACAGGAUGGGGGCCUAAAUUUCUGAACUUUGGCGAUCCCCUGUGCUAAAGAUCAUUUUUUUUUUUUUUUUAUCUGGGUCCUCUUUCAAUUUUCCUGAGCUCGUCUUGAUUCUAUGGAGAUGGCCUAUCGCUGCACCUGUUCCCGCUACCGAGCAGGCCCGGCGGCGACUUCUUGCAGCUUCUGCGGCGGCUCCCCGCCGUCGCUGGGGCGGCCGCACGGCUGGCCCGCCGUGGAGAGAGUGUUCGGACGGGCCUGGGGUUUCCGGCAUGUGCUCCGGUUGGCUAUCGCCGCGAUGUUUGGCGCUUUCGUUGGGCUCUUCGCUCUGAGUGGAGCUUUCAUGGGAGCAAUUGCGGGUGCUUUAGCUGGUCGAGCAUCUAAUCGCGGUCUCAUACGAGGAGCUAUAUUAGGAGCCAUUGCUGGAGCAGUAUUGUCAUUGGAAGCUUUGGAAGCAUCCCGUGCCUAUUGGUAUCAAGAGCAAACAGGUGUACGCGGCACAUCGUCUAUGGCUGACUUCAUAGAGGAGCUACUCCGUGGGAGGUUUGUAGAGGAUCAGUUUGAACCAGCAAUGUUAACUCCUUACCAUUGGCAGGUGGAUGGUGAUAGUAGGAGCUUCAUUGAAAUUCGUGAUGUAUAUGAUGAGUUAGUAUUCAGAGGAUUGUCACAAGAUGCUCUGAAGAGACUGCCGUCUCAGGUCAUCAUGGAAGACAUGAAGACAAUGCAAAGCAUUUGCUGUGCAAUAUGUUUGCAGAAUAUUGAAGUUGGAGAAACUGUAAGGAGCUUACCCCGUUGCCACCACAUGUUUCACUUGACAUGUGUUGACAAGUGGCUUGUUAGGUGUGGUUCAUGCCCUGUUUGCAGACAGAAUGUUAACUGUAAAGCUCCUCGCAUCUCACAGAGGAUGUAAUUUGGAUCGGAUGACAAAACUUUAACACCUACCUGCUUAGUGUGCUUUAAUCGAGGCACUUGUGGAGGCUUGAGGCCUUUGCUGUGGUAAAACUGGUGGUUUUCAUGCAGCACUGCCCUUUGGUCCUGUGAUGUGGCUGCUCCAUCAUGGCAGUUCUUGCAUAAUGGAUCAAAUGUCUAUGGAAGAUAUUACAUUUCUAGAGUAACAUCUGUAUAUCCCUCUUCUCUUUGUAGAGACUAGAGAAGUCACAAGGACGUGUUCUGUAGGCUUCCUACUUUUGCAGGAGUUUUUUUCAAACUGCUUUGUAGAUAGUAAUACGUCAAGAAUCUUUAGCUCUCUAGUUAGCCUGAGGAGAUCAGUCGCAAAGCUGGAACCAUAUUUGUAAUGAAAGUGUUAUGCUUUAAUGUUUGUUGCAAUGGCUGGAUUACAUGGCAAUUGUGCAUUAAAAAAAUCGGUAUUAUAGUGAUGAUCCUUGAUAUGAUUAACGAGGGAUUUUACUAGCUA